AUGGCGUUAAUGUUUACAGGACAUUGCUUAUUUUUAGUAUUAGUGAUGUUUGCUUUCUCUACUUUGGAGGAAUCUGUGAGCAAUUACUCUGACUGGGCAGUUUUCACAGAUGACAUAGAUCUAUUUAAGACACAAAGACUGCAAGAUGUCAGACCCAAUCAAAAACUGAAGAAGAGUAUGCUUCAUCCACGUUUGUAUUUUGAUGCUGGAGAGAUCCAAGCAAUGAGACAGAAGUCUCGCACGACCCAUUUGCACCUUUUUAGAGCAAUCAGAAGCGCGGUGACUGCUAUGCUGUCAAACCCGACAUACUACCUACCUCCACCCAAGCAUGCUGAUUUUGCUGCCAAGUGGAAUGAAAUCUAUGGUAACAAUCUGCCUCCUUUAGCGCUGUACUGUUUGCUGUGCCCGGAAGACAAAGUUGCCUUUGAAUUUGCCUUGGAAUACAUGGAUAGGAUGGUGGGCUACAAAAACUGGCUGGUGGAGAAUGCACCAGGGGAUGAGGUUCCAGUUGGCCAUUCCCUAACAGGUUUUGCCACUGCCUUUGACUUUUUAUAUAAUUUAUUAGAUGGUCGUCGGAGACAAAGAUACCUAGAAAAAAUAUGGGUUAUUACUGAGGAAAUGUAUGAGUUUUCUAAGGUCCGUUCCUGGGGCAAACAACUUCUUCACAACCACCAAGCUACUAACAUGAUAGCACUGCUCACCGGGGCUUUGGUGACUGGGGUAGAUAAAGCGACUAAGGUAAAUCUGUGGAAACAGGUUGUAGUAGAUGUGAUGGAAAAGACCAUGUUUCUGUUGAAUCACGUUGUUGAUGGCUCUUUGGAUGAAGGUGUGGCCUAUGGAAGCUACACAGCUAAAUCAGUCACACAGUAUGUUUUUCUGGCCCAGCGCCACUUUAAUAUCAACAACUUGGAUAACAACUGGUUAAAAAUGCACUUUUGGUUCUAUUAUUCCACCCUUUUGCCAGGCUUCCAAAGGACCGUGGGGAUAGCAGAUUCCAAUUAUAACUGGUUUUAUGGUCCUGAGAGCCAGUUAGUUUUUUUGGAUAAAUUUGUCUUAAAGAAUGGAGCUGGGAAUUGGUUAGCUCAGCAAAUCAGAAGGCACCGACCUAAAGACGGACCCAUGGUCCCCUCCACUGCCCAGAGGUGGAGUACCCUUCACACUGAAUACAUCUGGUAUGACCCCCAGCUCACCCCACAGCCUCCUGCGGAAUAUGGCACUGCAAAAUUGCACAUGUUCCCUAACUGGGGUGUGGUCACUUAUGGGGCCGGGCUGCCAAAUACACAGACCAAUACCUUUGUGUCUUUUAAGUCUGGGAAGCUAGGAGGGCGUGCUGUGUAUGACAUAGUUCACUUCCAGCCAUACUCCUGGAUUGAUGGGUGGAGGAGCUUCAACCCUGGACAUGAACAUCCGGAUCAGAAUUCAUUUACCUUUGCCCCCAACGGGCAGGUGUUUGUUUCCGAAGCUCUCUAUGGACCCAAGUUGAGCCACCUGAACAACGUGCUGGUGUUCGCACCGUCACCCACGAGCCAGUGUAAUAAGCCCUGGGAAGGUCAGCUGGGAGAAUGUGCACAGUGGCUCAAGUGGACCGGCGAGGAGGUUGGUGAUGCGGCCGGGGAAAUCAUUACUGCCUCUCAGCACGGGGACAUGAUAUUUGUGAGUGGGGAAGCCGUGUCGGCUUACUCUUCAGCAAUGAAGCUGAAAAGCGUGUAUCGGGCUUUGCUUCUCUUAAACUCUCAGACUCUGCUAGUUGUUGAUCACGUCGAGAAGCAAGAAGAUUCCCCAAUAAAAUCUGUCAGUGCCUUCUUCCAUAAUCUGGAUAUUGAUUUUAAGUACAUCCCAUAUAGAUUCAUGAACAGGUAUAGUGGCGCCUUGAUGGACGUGUGGGAUGCUCACUACAAGAUGUUUUGGUUUGACCAUCGUGGCAGUAGCCCCCUUGCUAGUAUCCAGGAAGCAGAGCAAGCCGCUGAAUUUAAGAAACGCUGGACUCAGUUUGUCAAUGUCACGUUUCAGAUGGAAUCCGCAAUCACAAGAAUCGCGUAUGUCUUCUAUGGGCCAUACGUCAAUGUUUCCAGCUGUAGAUUUAUUGAUAAUUCCAACUCUGGACUUCAGCUUUCUCUCAAUGUCAAUAACACCGACCAUGUUGUUUCGAUCGUGACCGACUACCAGAACUUGAAGACAAGGUUUGACUACCUGGGAUUUGGCGGCUUUGCCACUGUGGCUGAUCAGGCCCAAGUAACCCGCUUUGGUUUGGGCGCUGAGGCAAUAGUAAAGCCUGUAAGACGUGAUAGAGUUAUUUUCCCCUUUGGAUUUAAAUUUAAUGUAGCAGUUGGGUUGAUUUUGUGCAUCGGCCUGGUGAUCUUAACUUUUCAGUGGCGGUUUUACCUUUCUUUUAGAAAGCUUAUGCGGUGGAUCCUCAUCCUUGUUAUUGCCUUGUGGUCCGUUGAGCUGCUGGACGUGUGGAGCACUUGCACGCAGCCCAUCUGUGCCAAAUGGGCGAGGCCGGAGACGGAGGCAAGCGCGCAGACGCCGGCCCCGGGAGGCCAGCGCGCAGACCCGCCAGACGUCAUCAUUACCUCACUUCCUGGUUCCGGAGCCGAGAUUCUCAAACAACUCUUCUUCAACAGCAGUGACUUCCUCUAUAUCCGGGUCCCCACAGCCUACAUUGACAUCCCGGAAACGGAAUUGGAAAUUGACUCCUUUGUGGACGCCUGUGAAUGGACAGCGUCCGACGUCCACGGGGUGCGUUUCCGUUUACUCCGAGGCUGGCUGCAGUCCUUGGUCCGAGACACGAAACUCCACUUGCAGAACAUCCAUCUGCACGAACCCAGUAGGGGAAAACUGGCCCAGUAUUUUACCAUGAAUAAAGACAAGAAAAGGAAGUUGAAAAGGAGAGAGUCUCUGGCAGAACAAAGAAGCAGAAUGAAAGGCGCCUUUGACAGAGACGCUGAAUACGUCCGGGCUCUGCGGAGACACCUGCUCCACUACCCCAGCGCACGGCCGGUGCUCAGCCUGGGCAGCGGGAGCUGGACCGUCAAGCUGCAUUUCUUUCAUGAGGUGUUGGGAGCCUCCAUGAGGGCUUUAUACGUGGUGAGGGACCCUCGGGCGUGGGUUUAUUCCAUGCUGUACAGUAGUAAACCUAGCCUUUACUCUUUGAAGAAUGUACAGGAGCACUUAGCUAAGCUGUUUAAAACGGAGGGAAGUGCAGGCCGUUGUACCUUGAACUCAGGCUAUGCUGUCGAGUAUGAAUUGCUGCGGAAGGAACUGUUGGCAUCCAGACCUCACCCAGUCUCGCUGCUGGCCCAUGCGUGGCUGGCAAACACGGCCGCUGCCCUGAGGAUAAAUGCCGACCUGCUGCCCACCAGCUACCAGCUGAUCAAGUUUGAAGAUCUUGUGCAUUUCCCUCAGAAAACCACGGAAAGGAUUUUUGCCUUCCUUGGAAUUCCUGUAUCUCCUGCUACUUUAAACCAAAUAUUGUUUGCCACCUCCACGAACCUUUUCUACCUUCCCUACGAAGGGGAGAUAUCACCCGCUAAUACUAACGUUUGGGAACGAAACUUGCCGAAGGAUGAAAUUAAACUAAUUGAGAACAUCUGCUGGACGCUGAUGGAUCGUCUAGGAUACCCAAAGUUUAUGGACUGA